GCAGCUGGCAAGUAUCCUGUUUUUGCAUGAUGGUGUGUUUUAGAGACUUGCUGAUGGAGUGGGUGUUUGUUUUGUGGGUUGUUCUUCCCACUGUUGUUUUAGCUCAUUUUAAUGUAUCUUAUUCUUGUCUACCAAAUCAUGUAAAGAUUAACUUCAAGAAUAUUGCUGGGUGGAAGCUUAACAUAUUAAAUCAUACUGAUACUGUGAUACCAUUGUCCAAUGCCUCAAAGUGUGGUUUGACUACCCAUAUGAAGAAUCCAAGUUGGUUGGUAGUAUUUGUAGAGUAUGAUAGCUGCUACAUCUAUGAGAAGGUCCCCCAAGGGAUUACGCUAGUAUUUGAAGCUCUACUGCUCUCUGACCUGAACAAGAGGAACAAGGUUACAGUGGAGUGCAAGGAAAAGCACUUAAAAGUGGGAGAUGCUACGGCUUUGAGGAGGCUGGCUAACGCAGACAUGACAACUGUACAAAGGAGAAGACUGGGAUGCUGGAUGCCUGCUAAUCUGCGUGUAGCAUGUGACUUGUCUGCCCCUACAGAAAUGGAGUGUUUGCAAGUAGGCUGCUGUUUUGACUCUCUGAACCCAGAAAUGCCAUGUUACUAUGGAAACACAGGUUGUUCAGAUGAUGGGUUCUUCAUCAUUGUCAUUCAGAAGGAGGUAACUAAGCCAGCUCUAGACUUGUCUAGUGUCACCUUGGCGGGUGCUCCACAGUGUAAUCCAGUAUACUUCUCUGCUGACAUAAUUAUCUACAGAUUCCCACUCUCUGGCUGUGCUGCUGUGACAAAGGUGGAUGGAUCUGAUGUGAUUUAUGAAGCAAAUGUGCAGGCGACCAGAAACAUACAAGUGGGACCAAGAGGUACCAUCACCAGGGACAGUCAGUUUGGGAUGACUGUAAUGUGCAGAUAUAACAAAACCAAACAUCUAGAUCUACAGGUUUCUGUUUUCACUGUGGCUCCACCACUCCCUGCAACAAAUGUGGGCCCAUUGCAACUAGAGUUAAGAAUUGCUACAGAUGUCCAUUACAGAGCCUGGUAUUCUGAAAAGGACUAUCCUAUUCACAAGAUCCUGAGAGAGCCUGUGUAUGCUGAAGUUCGAAUCUUGGGUCGAACUGAUCCUUCUAUUGAGCUGGUGCUAGAUGCCUGUUGGGCAACUCCAAGUGUGAAUCCAAAUGAUGUGACCUCCUGGAAUCUUCUUGUGACUAGGUGUCCUUUUGAUGGUGACAACUACAAGACUAUUCUGCAUGAGGUGGACAGAAGUUCUGGCCUUGAAUUCCCCACCCAUCAUAAGAGGUUUGAAAUAAAAACAUUUGUGUUUUUGGACUCCAGUACAGCCCCUCUAAGUGAAAUGGUUUACCUUCACUGUAGUGCUGCUAUAUGCCACCCUUCUAAAGAGUCCUGCAGGAGCAACUGCCAACAACGGUUGAAGAGGAAUGUGGUCUCUAUGACCAGUGAGAAUGAAGAGGCAUUGGUGUCGUCAGGCCCUCUUAUCUUCAAAAGACUUGAACAGAUACCAGAACUGCUGCCCACCCAGCCCCAAGUGGAAAAUCUGAAGCUGCCUGGAGAUGACCCUGCUGAAAUGGGUGGUUCCAUUGGACUCCUGACUACUUCAGCUGUGCUGGUGGUAGCUUCAGCAUUUGGUGUUGGACUCUGCAUUUUGGCUGGAGCUACUUUUGCAAGUAAAAGGAAAUUUUGCAAAAAAGAUGCAAACUGAAUGAUUGUCUGAUAAUAAAGCUAUAAAAGUUAUAAA